CCGCAGCGAGAAGCACAAAAUUAGCAAACUGUGAAUCUCCACUCGAGGCGGAGCUUCAGAUUAGUCGACAGCAGUUUUUUUUUUCUUUUUCCCCGUCGUGUAUUUUUUGUUUCAGAGGUUCAAGCCUACGUGCCUCAAGCAUGAAAGUAAACUGGUUUCUCUGGGUAGAGGAGGAGGGGGUUAGCAAAGCAGCAGAGAACUUUUUAAUCGAGUCCCACCUGGGACGUGGAGCGCGACGCUGCUGAGCAGAAGAAAAUGUGACUGGAAAUUUUUACCAACACGACGCCUGAAGAAAUAAAAGAAUAUGGCCCGUCGCUCGCAGUGUUCCUCAGCUGGGGAUAACCCCCUCAACCCCAACUACCUCCCGCCACACUAUCGGGAAGAGUACCGCCUGGCCAUCGACGCACUGGUCGAGAACAGUUUGGAUGGCUACUAUGAAUUCCUCCACAAAGCAGAUGUGGUGGACUUUCUUUCCACAACGGAAAUCAAGUAUAUUGAGAACUAUGUCCAGAUUCCCAAGCACAUCAGCCAGCCUGAGCAGUAUUUCCUGGGGACCGGAGGAGAUGGCUCCUCAGACACUUACUGGCCUGUUCACUCAGACCUGGAUGUCCCCGGUUUGGACCUUGGCUGGCCUCAGGUGCAUGCUUUCAUUGAACCCACAGAAAUCACAACUCUUCUUAACCCCCCUGAGCCGGACAUGCCGAGUAUCAAGGAGCACGCUCGACGACUUAUCAGGAAUGCUCAGCAGGUCGUUGCCGUAGUGAUGGAUAUGUUUACAGAUGUUGACAUGUUUUUGGAAGUUCUCACUGCGUCAUCAAGGAGAGUGGCCGUCUACGUCCUGCUGGAUGAAGUCAACGCACAUCACUUUGUUAAUAUGGUUGUUAACUGUAGAGUAAAUCUGCAGGAUUUCCAUUUUUUACGUGUGAGAACCGUGUCUGGGAUCACAUACCAGUGCCGCUCAGGGAAAUCCUUCAAAGGUCAGAUGUUGGAUCGCUUCUUGUUGACAGACUGCAGGGCUGUUCUGAGUGGAAAUUACAGCUUCAUGUGGUCUUUUGAGAAGCUGCAUCGCUGCAUGGCUCACCUGUUCCUUGGACAGUUUGUGACAACCUUUGAUGAAGAGUUUCGGAUUCUGUACGCUCAGUCACAGCCGUUGAUCGUUGAAGAUGUGCUUGCUCCAAUGGAUGAUUUAAACAUUAUGCAUAAGCCCCAGUACCCAAAUGAAAGCUCUUCAAUGUAUAGAGAGCCAAGAAAGUUUCUGUCACCGGACAGCGGCCAUCCUGAUGAAUGGCGAAGACAUUCAAACGAAGAGCGAAUGGAAGGGGAUUGGAGGAUGAUUGAACUAAAAAACCAGGAUUCUCUUCGUGGUCCUGGUGAUAUGCAUAGUAGGUUUGCCACCCCACAGUCACGCAUGGAGCCCAGUUUUGAUCAGGGUCCGCCCCGGAUUUUAAUGACAGAAAAUCCUGCCUUAAAACGCCAUUCUUAUGCUGAAGGUGCUCAAGGUAGAUACAAUUUCCCAUUCAUGCAGCAACAGGGAAUGCCGGAGCCCGAGCUUAAGGGGAAGCCUUUUCACAGGGGUCAGCAGCCAUAUUCGGGGCCGGGCCAAGAAUCUGAUUACAGUGGCUAUGACAAGUUCUGGAACCAAGACUUUUUGUCUACAGAUCAAUAUGUAGAACCUGGUUUACCACAAGGUGAGCCACCACAUGAUAAUUUUGACCCUGUUCUGAACUAUCUAUCGUCGACAAGAAAUCGGGACUUUGACCAGAACUCAGAGCACUUCCUACAACCAUCUCACCCAAAAAGACUGAAUUUAGUUCAGCCAUAUGUCCAUCAAACCUCUCCCACCCCUUCAAACUCAGCCGAACAGAAGCCGUUUCUUCAAGAUGCUACGGCUAAUCGCAAGGAUCCUAAUGUGAAGCAGGGACUGAGGGACUGGAGGAUUAGCUCAUACUUGAGCACAUGUGAUAAUCCAGAAGAAGAAGGUCCAUCUUCUGAGCCAUCUCAGGCACCAGACGCUUUUGAAGAGCCCCCAAAUCCCAUACAUCAAAGCAUGCAGGGCAUGGGUGUGUCAGUUCCCAAAAAAGCUAAUUUUAAAGUUCCUGCAGCACACAGGAUCAGCCAGAUGCCAAGUUACGCCAAAGCAACUGCUCAAGAAAAGCCAAAGAAAUAUCUGGAGGAACCUGUUCCAGGGGUAGUAGAGAUCAGAGUAACACCAACACCAUCUGAAUGUUCGUCUACCCAUGAAGGGGAAAAGAUGGAGGAGGCAGAACAAAAAGAGACCGCUAACCCUCUGCUUCGAAGGGACGAUUCCUUCAGGAGGAAAUACAGUUCUGCCAUGCAGAGAAGCUCCAGGCUAAGGUCCUCUCUAAUAUACAGCUCAUUAGAGCAACAGCCAGCUCCCCAAGAAACAACUACUGCAAGUCAGCAUGAAGAAGAAAGUGACAAAAACCAAACAGAACAGACAAAACUCCCCUUUGUAGCUCACAUGUUGGGACAGAGGAAAUCUGCUAUGAGGGAACCUUUUGAAUGGAGUCGUUACUUAAAGUCCGCUACUGAAGCACCCAAAACAGUUGAUGGCAGCAGCAAAGCAGAUGAUAAAGAUUCAUCAAAGGAUGAUUCAAAAGAUGCCUCAGAAAAACUUAAAGAGUCGAUAAAACUUCCAGAGUUAGGCAGAGAUACCCCUUCCCCGUCGCUGCCUCAGUUCAAGCCCUCAGAGGUUGAGUUUUCCAAAACGGAUCAACCUGCACCACCAAUCAAAUCUUUGCAAAUCGGUCUACCUUAUGUAGACAUGAACGAUCCUGAUAUGAGGUUCAUGUUUUUCAAAGAGCUAGCGGCGAAACGUAAAGCUGAAAAGGAAAAGGAGAAAGCUCAACCAAAACCAGAAGGAAAUUGUCACACCGGCCCCGUUACCCAGAAAGAAGAAUCUCUUCCUAAAAAGACCUCAGAAAGCAAUAAAGAUUUGACAUCUGAGGGUUCAGUUGUCCCAAAGCCUGCUUCAAAGAGUGCAGAGAAAGCAGUACCUACAGAAGCAUCUGAAUCACCAUCUCUUUCUGUAGAUGGUAAUAAAAAUGCAAACAUAAAAGACUCUAUUCCCAACAGGGAUCCUAAUAUCUCCAAUACCGGUGAUAAAAAAGAAACCAAACUCUUAGAGAAAGUAAAGUUGGACAUGAAGUCGGUGGAGGACCUUCCUAAUCUUGCAGAAACGGAACCAGAGCAGAGAAAAUCGCUGCAAGAAUCACCAGUGUUAAUUAAAAGUUCACCAUCUGUGCCCCGAUCAAAGCCCUCAGAACUAAAGCCCCCCCAAACCGAUCAGUCAAUACAACAAAUAACCAGUGCAACCAAUCAGCCAGCAAAACCUAAAAUCAAAAGUCCAUUAUACAUGGACAUGAGUGAUCCCGACAGCAGGCUCGUGUUUUUUAAAGAGCUAGCAGCAAAACGCAAAGCUGAAAAGGAGAAAGCUGAAAUUAAACCAGGAGCAGAUUCCAACACCACUCCCAUUACCCAGAAAGAAGAAUCUCUUCCCAAAAAUACCUCCGAAAACAUUACAGGUGUGACAUCUGAGGGUUUAAUUGUCCCAAAUACGGCCUCAAACAGUGCAGGAAAGGCAGUAACCACCAACACAUCAGAGUCGGCUUCUCUUUCUGUAGAUGAUAGUAAACAUGCAAACACAAAGGACUCGGUUACCAACAGAGAUUCUAAUCUCUCCUAUACUGGUGUUGAAGAAGAAACCAAAAUCCCAGGGAAACUAAAGUUGGACAUGAAGUCAGUGUUGGACCUUUCUAAUCUUGCAGAAACAAAAUCGGGGCGAAGAAAAUCGCUGCAAGACACACCAGCGUUUAUAAAAGAUUCACUGCCUCAAUCCAAGUCUUUGAAACCCGAGUCCCCCGAAAUUGACCAACCAGUACCACCAACAACCAGUGCAGUCAAUCAGCCAGCAAAACCUAAAAUCAAAAGUCCAUUAUACAUGGACAUGAGUGAUCCUGACAGCAGGCUCGUGUUUUUUAAAGAGUUAGCAGCAAAACGCAAAGAUGCUAGAGCUGCAGAGGCUGUAAAAGAGAAGGACAAAGUUCCGAUCAAACCACAAAUUGAAUCUAAAAACUCUCCCACUGUUCUGAAGGCUCCGGCUAAAGAAACCCCAAAUAGCACGGAAAGUUCAACAACUGAACCUUUAGUUGCAGAGACGGCUGCAGAGGAGACGAUGACCAGGGAAGACACAAACUCCAAGGACUCAGCUGUCAACAGCGAACAAGAAACCCAACGCUCCAUUUCUGCAAUGCCAGAGUCAUGUUUUAGCAAAUCACCAGAAGAGCAAGUUGUGUCAAGUCCUUUUGCAAAAGAGAAUGAGAAUUUCACACAAAAGGUCACUCCUGCUGAUGUUUCUUGUUUCUUACAAGGUACAGAUGAAAGACAAAGUCCAACUCCUAAGUCUACCUCGAAGGACUUCAUUUCAGCCCUUUCCAACUCAGAGGAGUCUACCUUUUCUCCAGCGUUGCCUACUGACCCUGGAAAUUUGGAAUCAAUCCAGUUAGAGCCCGGUCCUUCUCUGCCCUCUGAACCAGAAACCAGAUCAGAACUGAGCUCCUCUCAGUCAUUAGUGCAAAGUUCUUCCUCUGAUCCCCCUAUGCUAAAUUCUGACUCUCCGAAUAGCCCUUCCAUUGCAGACGAUAUUAUAUCUUCUGGUCAUAGCCCAGAUGUUUCAAGCUCCACCCAUGCUCCUGACACAUCCCAAAGGGCACAGAAAUCCCUCAUUCUUUCAUCACUAGAGUCCUUGCAAUCUACUAAUGAAUGUCUAGAAAAGCCAGAUGAUCCGAGCUAUCAAACUUAUCUGGAUCCCGUUAACCAACUGGCGUCCCUCGAGAACGUUUCAGCUGCUGACUCUGUAAGUGUUGAGUCGGAUGUUUCUCCAUCACUUCCAGAGACAAACAUUUUAAAUCGCAUCAGGAUUCUUGAGGAGCUUCCUGCUGCUACACCUUCUAUGGAAGGAUCAGAGAUGGCUGUUUUUGCAGAAGAAUGUGUGGUCCCUGGAUCUUCUCAGGGUGUCACGGCUGAUUGCACAUCUCUAGCUGUUGGCCUCUCUUUACCAGACUCAAGCCAAGAUGUGUCUGAUCUAGAAAGCUCCUCUUCCAAACAUAAUUUAGAAGAGAUUGUUACUCAAGACCUUCCACUGAAACAUUCACCAUCAGAAUCAGUUGAAAACACAGACAUCGACCCUGCUGCCUCACCAUCAGAGAUGACUUUGUCUCCUCAGGGAACACCAGCACAAAUUGCUCUAACCCUCAACCUUAACCUGACAGACUCGGAUGCACGCAGUCCUGCUGGAGCAGAAAUGGGUUCUCCUCUGUCUGAGCCAGACAAAUCGGUCUCAUCCCCUGAGGUUAAAGAGGCAGAAACCGUCCUCCCUACUUUGGACACGAACUCUGCUACCAGUGAAACCGAGUCCAGAACAGAGAAGUCUCCGGUUCACCAGUCAACACAGUCAGAGAGCUGCUCAUCUGAGUUUGCCUCAAAACACUCAGCAGACGCCGAUUUGCCUUGCAAAACGUCUGAAAGCCAAUCAUGUGAACCAGCUGAAGAGAGGAGUGAAAAACAGCCGAGCGUAGAUGAGAAAAUGCCUGAUAAUCCAGAGGACACUAAAAAGAGCACAAUCAGUGGGACUCAAGACUCUGUAAAUAGUGAAAAACACCAAAACAACUACUCCGAAUCCUCAGAGACGGCUCCCAAGCAGCCCAAAGUCAAUCAGUCUCGCUACCACUCAUCAACUGCCAACGUGCUCUCGAGCAGCAACCUUCGAGAUGACACUAAGCUGCUCCUGGAGCAGAUUUCAGCCAACUGCCAAAGCAGAAAUGAGGCCACCAAGGAGUCGCCUGCUGUCACGGACGAUGAGAAAGAGGACAAGGCUGAGAAAAAUGCUAAAAACAUAGGUAGAAGGUUCAGGGGCUUUAACCGAGCGCAGCCUCCCACUCAGGAGCAAGAGAAGCUGAUAGAGAGGAUUCAGAGCAUGAGGAAGGAGAGGAGGGUUUACAGUCGUUUUGAGGUAUGAAAGUGUUACCUGCUUGGCUGACUUUGCCAGUGUACGGAAAACAUUUCUUUGCCUUUGUGGACAAUAUUUGUUUUUCUCCUUGUUGCUUCAACAGAUGACAUCUUAGAUGGGAUUGAGAGAAAUCUGAGAGAAUGCAGAGACAUUCCUUUUUUAAAUUUCACUUUUCCUCUCUUCAAAUGAGGCUCGUUACUCAGAGGGGUCAGGAGGACUUGCAUCAGACUUGUUGAACUUUACCGGGUAAAACUGCCAGCUGAACAAAAACGAUGCAAGGCUGUCUCAGACGCAUGUGCGACGUUCAACCCAGGACGUAGGUGUGGUUGCAUCACAAACGUACUGGCGGUAUGAAACGCACGGCAUGAAUGUGUGCGCUCAACAGGAUUUUACUGACUGCAUGGGGUAAAGUGCAAUGUGUGCAAUGGGUCGUUUAUGUCAUGAGGCCUGGCCUCGCCUUUUUUAUUACAACCGUGACAACAAGGUCAGCUGUUGUAUUCACACGUGACGUCAUGAAAACAAAUCUGAAGUUACGAGUUUUUUAAAACUGUUAACUGUAUUAUACUGUUUUACAUAGAAAAAAUAGUCAUUUUUAAGCUGGUGGAUGUGUAGAUUUAUAUCCCUGCUUGUGUAAAAAUAAAACUUAUUAAAAAAAAUGGUGGAAAUUUGAUUUUAAAAAUUAGCUUAAGUCAAAUUGGAUGCAAGAAUAUACACACACACGUGGACACCCCGCCACCCACCCACUGACCUUGCAAAUUAAAAGCUUACUUAAAAUUUUUAGGUGAUUUGCAUAAUUAGCUAAAAAUGGUUCCCUUGAGUCUAGAGUAUUUUAAUAACAACCUGCUUUCACGGCUAAACAAAAAAGAAAUCACAGUUGUUUCGGCGUCUGUCUUUAGACUUUACUGUUUGAAAAAUAAAUGUUUCUAAAUA